GAGGAUCGCUCAGUCGAGCCCAUAUCAAAUAACGAAAAACAUAUUAUAAAGCAUUCGGAAGCCGCUGGAAAUCUGUUAGUGUUAUUCGGUCGUUGGAAGUGCAAACACAUCACACAUCUCGACUGGUGUGCUCUCUGUCCCAAAGCAAAAAGGUCAUUGUAACUAAUCGGAUUGUAAAAGUCAAGUAACAGAUAGGAGACACAGCGCCUUUUAGGGAUAAAGAGGUAAACCCCCAGAAAAGGAAUGUCUUUGGCAGACACUCAAGUGCUGAACGGUCCCGUAGUGGACGUUCACAGCGCUGACGAAGUCAAGGCGGCAGCCACUCAAAGUGCAAGCUUCUUCCAACUGGCGAUGACUGCGUUGCGCAUCACAGCGACAACCCCCAGCAACGAUCGGAACAACAACAAUCUUCGUCUGAGGAAACAAAUUACGCUCGACGAGGUGUCUUAUCAUGACACCAUGCAGGACUGCUGGAUAGUUCUGUACGAUCGAGUGUACGACAUAACUGAUUUUUUGGAAAUGCAUCCCGGAGGACACGACGUCCUGCUUGAACAUGCCGGUCGAGACGCAACGAUUGCCUUCAUUGGAACCGGUCACUCCAAAGCCGCAUUCGCAUCGCUCAAAAUGUACGAAAUCGGAGAGCUGCCCUCACAUGAGCGCAUCUACCGAUGCCAGGGAAUGCUCAGUGCCGCUGUGCUGCCGGAUUGAAAAUUCGGAACGGGGCCUUCGCCGAUUUGAGAUUAAGACUUGUGUGUUUCUCUUAGUUUGUAGUUUGGUUUUAUAAUAUUAACUUUAGGCAAGAGAACCGUUUCUUAUCAGUUCCAAGAGCUUCACGGUUUAAGAAACAGAUUUGUUUGGUGACAAAGCUUUAAUCCUAAGGAAGUGUAACGUGCUGUCAAGACUCCGAGUCUGAUACGCAAUCCAUAAAACAGUAUUGGUAGAUUGAGAAAACUAGUAUGCUUUCCAAUAAAUAUGAUACAAAAGGGAAAAUAAAUACUUACAAUUUGCUUCGAAAGCAUCAAAUUUGCGUAAAACAAAAUAAUCGUUUAAUGGGAAUAAAAUAAA